UUACGGCUGUAUAGCUGAGCCGUCCACUAUAGUCCCAGGAAGGACAAAGAAGAGAAGUCGUCUCUUUACUAACGUACGGUUUGAGUAAAUCCACCCAACAGAAGAACACGGAGGUGAGGAGGGCCAUCUCCUUUCUGGCAUGGCCAACAAUUUAAGGGGUCAGGUUAUGAGGCUUUACAAAACGCUGCUGUAUCUGGGCCGCGAGUACCCGCAGGGAGCCGCUUACUUCAGGGAGCGCCUGAAGUCCGCCUUCAUGAAGAACAAAGACGUGACGGACCCCGAGAAGAUCCAGAAGCUGGUGGCUCGUGGCGACUUCGUCAUCAAGGAACUGGAGGCUCUGUAUUUCCUCAGGAAGUAUCGAGCCAUGAAGAAGAGGUAUUACGAACCAGAGAAGUAAUUACACGCAGGAAAGUACAGUCAGCAGUUCUUAUAACUCAGAAAUGAAGGCAGGAAUAGUUUCCCCUUUAUAGAAUAAACUAAGUCUGCCUCACAAGGAUCCAUCUGUAGGAAGUGCCAGAAAGUGAUGCUCAUGAAGAUGUUACACAAUGGGCUUUGUAUUUUUUUUAUACCAAACGUGUAACUUAAAGGCCAGUGUUUUAAAUCGCAAAUACUGUAUAUAUGAUAAUAUAUCAGGUACCCCUCCAAAACAUUUCCACAUGUCAGAAGCCUCGUAUCAGACUGACUGAACCUUAUUGUACAAUGUAUUUUCAGUGUAUAUAUUUGUAAUUACACGUUCAAACGUCUUGAGUGAAUGUACAUGACUGUGCAUCAAUGCAAACAAGCAGUGUUUUAAAACGUGUCAAAAUAAAUAUUUUUAAAAAUGA